CCAGCCUCCCCUCUACCCAAUGACUCCUGACCCACACACAUCAUGGGCUGCUAACAAACAUAAGGACAACUUAGGGCUUCAUUUGCUCUUCGCGCUAGCCUUGCAAUUUUCCCACAGGCCACGCUCGGAGGUGUAUACAAUAAUUUUCGACUGUUAGGAGGCGUACGGUUUCUCAACAGCCCACUUUAAGCAACAGGUGCCAUAUUUUUGGCUUCUUUGUGGGGAGCCCUGACACAAGCGCGUUUAUCGGAACUAACGGGAAAAGCACAGCGACACAGCGUGGUGCUUUCCAUCGGAAAACUAUUCCGGACCAGGGAAUUGACUCUUGAACUUGUGCUUUCCGCCUAUUAGUGUAUGAGACAUGGAAGUGCGGUCUUCCACCACCACGACUACCGUACUCGAGAGCAAGAACGAUGUGAGCGCUCAGGCCGCACGUGCGUCCAAGCGCACCAUGACUGAUGACUUCUACAGCACGUUCAGCUCUCCCUUGGCCUGGAUAUUGGUGCUGGCACUCAUCAUCACUUGGUCGGCCGUGGCCAUCAUAAUGUUUGACCUGCUGGACUCCAACAGUCUUGAAGCCCAUACAUUAUACUGUGACGACCCCUGUUUGCCACCUGGACCACAGGCACAUCGUUUCAGGAAAUCAUAUAAGGAGACAGGGGGCCUUAGAGGCACUGAUCCCAUGAAAAUGAUGAGCAGGGCCAUGGAGGAUACAUCUGACUGGAUAUCAUCAAUCUUCACUUUUAUGAGUAAUUUGGUAGCACCAGAGGAUGAGGAAGAAGUUGAGCGUCAUUCGGUGAAGAAGAAAGGAGAAUUUUUGCCAGCAAGGAAAAAAGUUUCAGCAAUGCAGACCAGAAGGUUUGUACAGAUGGAAGACGAGGAAGAAGAAGAAGAAGAGAUGAAGGUUCAUAAACAGAAGAAGACUGAUAAGAAGAAAAAAGAGGUAAGGGUUGAAAAGGAUGAGGAAGAUGAAGAAGAGGAGGAAGAGGAAGAAGAAGAAGAGGUGAAGGUUCAUAAACAGAAGAAGGCUGAUAAGAAGAAAAAAGAGGUAAGGGUGGAAAAGGAUGAGGAAGAUGAAGAAGAGGAUGAAGAAGAAGAAGUGAAGGUUCAGAAACAGAAGAAGACUCAUAAAAACAAAAAAGUAGAAAGAGUUGAAAAGGAUGAGGAACCGGAAGAAGAGGAGGAGGAAGAAGAAGAAGAGGUGAAGGUUCAUAAACAGAAGAAGACUCAUAAGAACAAAAAAUUGGAAAGAGUUGAAAAGGAUGAGGAACCCGAAGACGAGGAGGAGGAAGAAGAAGAAGAAGAAGAGCUGAAGGUUCAUAAAAAGAAGAAGACUGAUAUGAAGACAAAAGUGGUAAGAUUUGAAAAGGACAAGAAAGAGGAAAAAGAGGAGGAGGAAGAAGAGGGUUUGAAAGAGGAGGAGGAAGAAGAGGGUGAGAAAGAAGAAAAGGAGGAGGAGGAAGAAGAGAAGGGGGAAGGAGAGGAUGAGAAAGAAGAGGAGGAAAAAGUGAAGGAGGAAGAAUCUGCUGAGGUUGCUCAAGAAGAGGAAGAUGAGGAAGAAGAAGAAGAAGAGGAAGCAGCAGAGAAAGAUGUAAAAGUAAAGAAAGAAGAAAAGGAAGAGGAGGAGGAGGAAGAGGAAGAAAAGGAAACGGAAGAACAAGAUGAGGAAAAGGAAAAAGACGAAGAGGAGGAAACUGCAGCUUCAGCAGAACCUGAUGCUGAUGAGAAGAUUCUUAAAACUGCUUCAAAAGAUGAAACUAAAGAUGAUCUUAUCUCUGACAUCACGCCACCUUUGCCAACAGAGGAAGAUGAGGAUGAAACACCUGAUGUGGCAGAUAUUUCUGUCCCCAUAGACAUCAAAGAAAGCUCAGAUAUCGCAGAGGACAUAGAUACUGAUACAGAUGAUGAAAAACCUGAGGAGCCAGACCUUACAGAUGAUGAUACUAAAGAUGAUGACCAAACUGAGGAUAAAGAGUUUGAUGCCGAUGAUAUUGGUGAUAUCGGUAUUCUGCUCGGUGCUGGUGCUAUAGUCACUGAUGUUGAAGCAGAAGAAACUGACCUAAAAACACAAAUGGAGGAGGAAGCAGAGGAAAGGGAAGAAGGUGCCAAGCAAGAGGAAAUAGCAGAGAAAGCACCAGAACCAGAACCGGCUCCUACAGCAGCAGACGAGGAAUCGAAGGCAGAAGAGAAAGCUGAGAUACCUGUGAAAACGACAGAGGAAGAAAAGGAAGAAGAACAAAAAGAGCCCUUUGCCUGUCCUUGUAUGCAUUCAGAAAUACGCAAACAGCCACAAAAAGCCCAAGUCACUAAACCAAAGGAAGAAAAAGCUGAACCCGAGAGAGUCAAGAAAAGAGAACCAGAGGUCAAGAGAAGGGAACCCCUGCUUAAACAGAGAAAAGAAAAAGAAUCUCCAGUUAGAAAAAGACUAGAGAAAGCAAAAAAAGCACCAAGAGCAAAGACAGAGGCUGUAAACAUACCCAGAAAGAGAAAGCCCAGAGUCUCAAAUGAUAUUGAAGUAUUGGCGGCACCAGUGCCCAUGAACGACCUUCCUAUGUGCCGACCUACACCUGUGUAUUGUCCAGCGCCCCCUGGCUGGUAUGUGCAUCAUAUAGUCACAAGUAGUCCACUACCACCAUCGGCUAUUCCAGAAUCAGAAGUUCCUAUUUUAACAACCCGUCAAGCGCCUACUAUACUGAAAGAACCUGAAGCUGCUAAAGAAAAGCCAAAAGAAACCACAAAGAAGAAAGAACCAGCUGCACCCAAAGAAAAAGCCAAAACAAGUCCUGCAAAGAAGGAAGAGCUGGCAGGUGUAAAAGACAAAGUAAAACCUGCACCUGCUAAGAAAGACUUAGAGCCAACAGCUGGGAAACAGAGAGCUAAAAGAACAGAGAAAGUGAUCAUCAGAGAAAGACCAAAACCUACCUCUGGAAAGAAAGAGCCAGCAGUUACAAUGAAGGUGAAAGUGGCAGCAACAAAAAACAAGGAAAAGAGAGUUGGGAAGGAAGUGAAGCCUGAUGUAGAAGUCAAAAAGAAGGCAGCGUCAACACCCAAAACCAAGCAAGCCAUUAAAACACCAACUGUGGCAUCACCUGUACCAGCAAAAGAAGAAACUAUUAAAGAUACCCAAGGUAUGAAGCAGAUCAAGGAUAAACCAGCCGAGGAACAGACUCCAGAAAAAGAGCUGAAAGCUGAAGACAAUGUGACUGAGGGUAAAAAGCCAGGCAAGAUACCGUACUUCCAGUGUGUUUUAAUGAGUUCAAAAUCCAGCCAGUAUCCAUUGCGGCCCAUGUCCUCCGCUAUGAGUCCAGCCAUUAAUCCCGCCGUGAUGAGAGCCAUGAUGGAGCAGAGAGCCGCAUUACUGCAGCAGAAAGCCCGCGCAGCCGGACAGUAACCGGGCCCGAGCCCCGUUAAGCCUGGCCAGGUGCAAUCUGCAUAUGAACUGAUGUACAAACACAAUGUUGCUGUGCUCUGAGAGCUUUCCAUCUAAAAAAUCAAUGAGCGUUUAGACUUUAAUAGUUGGAGGGCCAUCCAGUCCUCUUUCUUUCUGCGAGUGGAGGUCUUUCCAUUCCUUUACAAGCGGGUUUUGAAUGUUAUCACAGUUUCACGAUUUUGACACAAUGCAAUUACAUCUAAUAUAUAAUUCAGCUAUGAUGUACAUUUUGAAUUAUAUUAUUUAAUGGAUAAUUUUUUAUUUAUUUAAGAACUUAAAUCGUCUGUUUACAUUUGUUACAGGGAGGAAUCUGCUGCUUCUCUUAUUAAGACCACUCAGAUUCAGACCCGGUUACAUACGUAAUGAUAUGAAGUGUUGCUCUUUAAGAUAUUUAUUUUUCUAUGUCAGAGUAUAUAUUCUCUUUAGGAAAAAUCUAGCAGCACAUUCAUUAAGGGCCUUAUCUCUUAUUGGCACAGGUCAUUUCCUUUGACUCAUUGAUAAUAAGAUUAUGUGUAGUAUGUCUGGGUUCUGUCGGGGUCCGGGAUCUCUGCAUUUGUAUGCGAGCCAUUAGAAGAUGGCAGGACGUCAUUAGGACUGAAUCUGAUUUGUACCUUAAAUAACGAAAGAGCUCUUAUGCAUUUAUGACAUUAGGAAAUUAUAGCAUAUAAGACCUGAAUAAUGAAAACCUAUAAUUUUACUUGACUACUUGAAGUAUCUUUUUCUGGUGUAAAAUACUGGUUUUGCCUUACAUAGUCAGAAGUUUUGGUGGUAUGUGAAUUUGUAAAAUCAAAAGUGAUUUCAAAGCAAUCAUGCUACUGAUUAUUUACAGUAUUUUACAGUACUUGUCUCCAGUGCAAUAUAGUCAUCUAACAGUAUGUUAAUUUACACUUAUAGGGAGAUGUUUAUCAUUUCAUUUUACAAUGACCAACAGUGCUUUUGAAGACUGUUACCUACAGUAUCUUACCGUUUUGUCUAUUCUCAGAAACGAGAGUAACUCUCCUGUUCCUGUAAUAUUUUGCUUUACGUAAUGCAAAUAUUGCAGGUAUGACAUUUUAAACCGGAAAUACGUUCCUUUACUAAAGAACAAGGUCUUUUCUGUGACCUCCUCGGUAUUACGUUUGACAUUGAAUGUAUUUUAUUUAAAGAUUGAGAGCGAACAGUUGACCGAUUUCAGUGCUGCAGACUGGAUGACAUGUUUGCACCAGAAGCUGUUUCUCUUUAAUCGGGACGCAGUGAGACAGUUAGCUGUCUGACUUUGAACCUGGAAGUAGGCCACAGAAAUAAUCUCUCUUUGAAGUAACAGCAUGCAGCUUGGUGCACAGUACUGUGGAUAUUCUUAUAAUGUUGACGAAUAACACAGAUAUUGAUGACACUAAAAAAAAACGACAAAUCGAAAAGACAGUUUUGUCUAACGAUGUCUUUAUCUUAUAAAAACACAGUUUUACGGUACUAAGCGACAGCUUACAGUAAGAAUGCAAUGUUUACAAGUGGGUCGUAAUUGUUAACAAUUUAACUUGUUUGAGUGCAAAGUCUGCUAUUGUGAAUUGUCAGAAAGUAGAGAGCACCAUAGAUUAAAAAACGUCCUCAUUUGUAAUAGUAAAAACUUACAUUUCAGGGGUUUAACUUAAAUAGUUUUUUCUGUUUCUAAAGUUUUUAAAAAAGUGUUUGGUAUUUGCAUGAACUCUUGGUACUGUAUGUUAGUAUGUGAUAGUUUCUAGUGUACUAAAUUAGCUUGACACUGAAUUCCCAUUCGAUUCACAUGUUUGAAAAAUUUGUCCAUUGUUUUAAUGAAUGUUGAAUAAAAGCUGUCAGCGAAACCA